UCCACAGUCACACGCACAAAUAAAUUAAAAAAAAAAGAAACUCCACAACCUCACGCCUUUUAGUUUUACCACUAUAUAGUACAAAGUCCUCAAAAUUGUCGACCCUUCAUUUCAUCAUUGUUAAUUUUCACACCUCUUCAAAUGGCUCAGAAAAUUGUGUUGAAGGUCUUGACUAUGACUGAUGACAAAACAAAGCAGAAAGCAAUAGAAGCAGCUGCAGAUAUCUAUGGGGUUGAUUCAAUAGUUGCAGAUGUGAAGGAGCAGAAGCUAACAGUGAUUGGUCAAAUGGACACAGUGAAAAUAGUUAAGAAGCUAAAGAAGGUAGGGAAGGUGGAUAUAGUAUCAGUUGGGCCUGCCAAGGAAGAGAAGAAAGAAGAAAAGAAAGAGGAGAAAAAGGAGGAGAAGAAGGAAGAGAAAAAGGAAGAGAAGAAAGAGGAGAAGAAAGAGGAAAAGAAGGAGGAGAAAAAAUAAAGGCAAUAGUAAAGUUCUUCAAAAUCUUCCCCUUUCUUUUUUUUCUUUGUUUGGCAAAUUUUGCUACAAUGAGAAGCAACUGUAUGCUGCAAAAAUUGUGCAUAGAGAUUUUGCUGUUUCUCUUUUCUUCUCAAAUCUGUUGUUCUCUGUCUUUUUUUUUUAAGCAUAGAUUAAUCUUCAAUUGCCCAAAUGAAAAUGGGUUUCAAAAAAAUAUCUAAAUAAUUGAGCAAAGUGGAAGUAAUAAACCAAUUACUUAGAUGAUUGGGUUUGAUUUUUAAUUCUUCCCUUUCUUCUUCUGUUUUCAGUCUAGAGAAGCUAUUGUAAUUCAUAAGCUUUAACACACUGUAAUGAGCAGUAACAUCAUUUUAACCUUCUUUAUUUAUUCUAAUAUUUUUAUUUUAUUUUAUUU